UCUCUGACAUAUGUGGUGGACGUAAGUGGUUCUAUGAGCGAUGAUCUGACCCAGCUAAAAAUGGUCAAUGGUUGGCUUCUUGAUAGAGUUUCAGCACGAUUUCCAUGUGGAGUUCGCACGUAUACAAUGGUGGAGUUUAAUGAUCCAAUGAUUGGACCAACCAAAAACACUAGCUCACGAAGCGAGUUUGGAUAUUUCUUUGAUAAUCUAUAUGCAAGUGGAGGAGGUGACUGUCCGGAACUGGCCAUGGAAGGUCUUCAAUUGGGCCUGGAAUCUUCACCUGACCGUUCGGUCAUCAUGGUCCUAACAGACGCAUCUGCAAAAGACUACAACAAUCAAACUUUAAUAAAUAACAUAUAUUCACUUAUAUCAUCCAAGAACUCCCAGGUUUUCUUUUUGAUCACUGGUCUGUGUGGAGGCUUAGAUGACCCCCAGUUUUUAAUCUACAGAGAUAUUGCCAGUAAGAGCUUUGGCCAUGUGUUUAACAUCAAACUUUCAGAAAUGAGCAAGGUAUUCAAUUACUUGGACUUUACUCUUUCAAGGCCGAUAAAUACUUCAGUGCGACUCUUCUCCGCAGAAUACAUUAAUGGCAGUAAUUCUGGCAAAUUCAUAGUUUCUGCUGUAUUCACUAAAAUCAUAGUGAUGACCGAUGGAGUCAUUUCUACACUCUCAAUACUUGGUCCAAAUGCUAAGUCGGUGGCAAUGGAAACAAUUGUGACUGAAAGUUGGGGAUCUGUGUAUGUUGUAAAGAACCCCAGUAGAGGAACAUGGAAAAUAAAUUGUGUCGGUGAAGGAAGAUACUCUUUGACUGUGGAAGGACUAAAAGCAACAAAUAUCUCUGCUACCACUAGCUGCUCUAAGUGUCACCCUAAUGCUACCUGUGAAGGUUCCUCAAGAAUAAAAGAAUGCCAGUGUAAAAAUGGGUUGAUCGGCGAUGGAUUCAAAUGCUCCGAUAUUGAUGAAUGUGCCUAUUCUUGGACCAACAACUGCUCUGGUGUCUGUAUAAACACGUAUGGGUCAUACAGAUGUGAAUGCCCCCAGGGAUUCACCAAAAACCGUUCCGAGAUCUGUGUUGAUAUUGAUGAAUGUUCUGACCGAAAUCUCACUUCGUGUCAUCCUCUAGCGCAAUGCACAAACACUUAUGGCAGCUACUCUUGUGCAUGUCCAUAUGGCUACUACGGAAAUGGCUUUGAGUGUGAAGUGGAUGAAUGUAUGGCAGGUCUUUGUCAGCAAGGGAUGGACUGUAAAAAGUUUAAAGGAUAUUUUACCUGUUUCGACCCUUGUUCCAAUUAUACCUUGCUCAAUGACCCUUGGAGAAGUAUUGAUAGUGGUCAUGGUUCUAAAUGUGAUAGUCUAUUAUCUGGAUGGUACAGAUUUACAGGCCCUGGAGGAAUUCGGAUGCCAGAAACCUGCGUGCCUGAAAAGCAGUGCAAUACAGAUGCCCCAAUGUGGAUAAAUGGGAAACAUCCUUUAGAAGGAGAAGGAAUUGUAAAUUAUACAGCUUGUGCUAACUGGGGUGGAGAAUGCUGUCACUGGUCAACUGGUGUCCAAAUCAAGGCUUGUCCAGGUGGAUACCAUGUGUAUAAUAUAAAUGGAGUGCCGUUCUGCAGCUUAGCUUAUUGCACAGACCCUGCUACAAUGACAGACAUAUGCCCCUGUACAGAAGAUGAAGAAUGCAAACUGGAUUCUGGGAAAUACACAUGUGUCUGUAAAAAUGGCCGUCAAGUCAAUGAUAUGGAAGACGUGGGCCUUGAUCUAGAGUGUGGUACACAGGAGAUUACAGCUUCUUUCCACAGCUGCCAACUGAGAAAACUUAACCUUAAUGUCACCAAUAUCCACCUCCGAGAUAGCAACUGUGUUGGUUAUAAAGAGUGGAAGAACCAUGGUGUCUUUUCAGCUUCUACUCCACUUCAAGAAGGAGCAUGUGGAAAUUAUCUGACAACUAAUGAAACACACGCAACUUACAGAAACACAAUGUUUGUGCAAAUGAGUACAGACGAGCUCAUCAUAAGAAGUUACGAAGUUCAACUAGAAUUUUCUUGUUCGUAUCCGCUGGAUUUACAGCUGACUCUGGAUAAUUCACUAAAACCAAUUGUAAGUUCACUGACCUUGAACAUUGAAGGCACUGGGCAAUUCAGGGCACAAAUGGUCCUCUACAGAGAUGAGAAUUAUGUGUCCCCAUAUGAAGAUGACCAGAUUAUGCUGUCCACACAAGCCACCCUGUAUGCUGCCAUCAAUCUCGAAGGUGAAAACUCGUAUCAGUAUGUUGUGCUGAUGAAGAACUGCUUUGCUACUCCGACAAGGAACUUCUAUGAUCCGGUCAAAUACUAUAUAAUAAAAAAUAGAUGUCCUAACAGGCGGGAUGGAACUGUGAAUGUCAAGGAGAAUGGAGUCUCCACCAAAGGACGCUUCUCUGUUCAGAUGUUCAGAUUUGUUGGGGAAUACGACUCAGUAUUUCUGCACUGUGAAGCAAACCUCUGCGAUACCACGAGACACACGUGUAAACCUGUAAGUGAGGUUCUCUAUAACCGUCAGAUCUGCAAGACACGGAAGGCGGCUGUGUGCGUUCCGCAUUUUGCAGAAUGGAACCUCCGGCUCUCAGUAGAGCAGUUUUAUCCUUGA